AUGACACCCCGUUUACGGAGUCCUUUCAAAUCUUCAAAACUCAAAAUACUAUCAAUCCUGAUUACGAAAGUCACAGCCUUGUUAAAUCACCCUUUAAGUAUCAAUCAAGUGAAGCAACUCCAUGCUCUUGUACUCAUCAAUGGUCUCAACCAUCUUGAGCCUCUGGUGAUCACCCAAAUAAUCUACACACCAUCCGAUCACUCUGAAGCUACUAUCCAUUAUCUUCGGUCUCUUCUUCACCAGUCAAAGCACGCAAAUGUGAUCGCGAGAACAUCUGCAGUUCAGUUUUUCUACCAACGUGGUGAGUUUCAAGAAGCGUUGACCCAGUAUGUGCAUAUACAAAGAUCAGGUAUCUUCCCUAGCACCUUCGCUGUAGCAUCUGCGCUAAAGGCAUGUACGAGGAUCGGGAAUUGGAUAGCUGGGAUCAGGAUACAUGCUCAAGUCUAUGGAUAUGGGUUCUGUGGGGAUGUCCAUGUGGGAACUGCUCUUGUGGGGCUCUAUUCGAAGCUUGAUGAUAUGGAGACUGCAAAUAAAGUGUUCGAUGAAAUGUCUCAAAGAAAUUCAGUAUCUGGUUUGAUAAACGGGUACUUAGAAUCAGGGAAUCUCUCCAUGGCUGAACAGUUGUUUUCCAAGAUGGGACGUAAAGAUAUUGCAUCUUGGAAUUCCAUGGUUUCAUGGUACACGAGAACAGGGGAUAUGGAGAAGGCGAUAGCUUUAUUCGCACCAAUGCCAGUUAAAACUUCAUCUUCAUGGAUUUCAAUGAUCAAUGGUUAUAUAGAUUCCAAACAGUUGGAAUUUGCCCGCAACUUUUACGAUGUGAUGCCUGAACAAAGCACAAUUUCUUGCAUCAAAUUGAUCGAAGCAUACUCUAAAAACAGAGACGUUGAAUCUGCACGCGAAGUAUUCAAUGAAAUUGAUGAAAAGAAUCAGUUGCUGUACAACGCUAUGAUCACUUGUUACUCUCACAACAACCAGCCAAAACACGCACUCCAACUGUUCGAUGAAAUGCUUCAACCAAAUGUAAACAUCCAACCAGACAAUACAACGUUGGGUAUUGUUAUUUCCAUUUGUUCUCAGUUGGGGGAUUUCAGAUUCGGAUCUUGGAUUGAUGAGACACUAAUGAAGCAAAUGAACAUCAAGAUGGAUGAUCAAUUGGGUAAUGCAUUAAUCGAAUUUUAUGCAAAAUUUGGGAGAGUUGAUAAAGCUUACAAUUUGUUUCGUGGGUUGAAAAAGAAAGAUGUGGGUGUGUAUACAACUAUGAUAUUGGUUUGUGGUAGGUAUGGAUGGAAGUACGAUGCUAUUAAAUUGUUUGAGGAGAUGUUGGAGACUAAUAUUUGCCCUAAUUUGGUAACUUUUUCGGGGCUUUUAACUGCAUUGAAUCAUUACAGUGGACUUGGACCUAAUGGACCUAGUCAACCAAAUAGUUGA